GCGGGGCUCGGGGCGGGGCCCAGCCUGUGGGCGAGGCCAAGUCCGAGCUGGAGCCGGCGCCGUGCUCCGCGCAGUGACCACGAUCUGAUCUGUCUGCUGGUCUCUGUUCCCAGCCAUGGCCCCGCGCGGCUGGCGCUGGUGGCACUGGUCAGCGUGGCCUCGCUCGCGACCACCUUUCGCUGGGAGCGCACUGACCCCAGGCUUCCGCCAGCAGUUGUCCACACAGGAAAAGAGCCCCCAGAUCUGUGUGGUGGGGAGCGGCCCAGCCGGCUUCUACACGGCCCAGUACCUGCUGAAGCACCACCCCCAGGUCCACGUGGACAUCUAUGAGAAGCAGCUUGUGCCCUUUGGCCUGGUGCGCUUUGGUGUGGCUCCCGACCACCCUGAGGUGAAGAAUGUCAUCAACACGUUCACCCAGACGGCCCGCUGUGCCCGCUGUGCCUUCCGAGGCAAUGUGGUGGUGGGCAGGGACGUGACGGUGCCAGAGCUGCGGGAGGCCUACCAUGCCGUGGUGCUGAGCUAUGGGGCAGAGGACCAUCAGGCCCUGGGAAUUCCUGGUGAGGAGCUGCCUGGCGUGUUCUCGGCCAGGGCCUUUGUGGGCUGGUACAACGGGCUUCCUGAGAACCGGGAGCUGGCGCCGGACCUGAGCUGCGAUACAGCCGUGGUCCUGGGGCAAGGAAAUGUGGCUCUGGACGUGGCCCGGAUCCUGCUGACCCCUCCCGAGCACCUGGAGAAAACAGAUAUCACAGAGGCUGCCCUGGAGGUACUAAGGCAGAGUCAGGUGAAGAUGGUGUGGAUAGUGGGCCGGCGUGGACCUCUGCAAGUGGCCUUCACCAUUAAGGAACUCCGGGAGAUGAUCCAGUUACCAGGAACCCGGCCCGUUUUGGACCCUGCAGAUUUCUUGGGCCUUCAGGACAGAAUCAAGGAGGCCCCCCGCCCACCCAGGACUGGAGGAGGCCGCUCGCCAGGCGCAGGCCUCUAGGGCCUGGGGCCUCCGCUUCUGCCGAAGCCCCCAGCAGGUGCUAUCCUCCCCAGAUGGGCGGCGGGCAGUGGGCAUCCGCCUGGCCGUCACAAGACUUGAGGGCGUCGGUGAAGCCACGCGGGCAGUGCCCACGGGAGACACGGAGGACCUCCCUUGUGGGCUAGUGCUGAGCAGCGUCGGAUAUAAGAGCCGCCCCAUCGACCCUAGUGUGCCCUUUGACUCCAAACGUGGGGUCAUACCCAAUGUGGAGGGCCGGGUUGUGGACGUGCCAGGCCUAUACUGCAGUGGCUGGGUGAAGAGGGGACCUACGGGCGUCAUCACCACCACCAUGGCCGACAGCUUCCUCACUGGCCAGAUGCUGCUGCAGGACCUGAAGGCCGGCCUGCUGCCCUCGGGCCCCAGGCCUGGCUACACCGCUGUCCAGGCCCUGCUCAGCAGCCGAGGGGUCCGGCCGGUCUCCUUCUCUGACUGGGAGAAGCUGGAUGCUGAGGAAGUGGCCCGAGGCCAGGGCCCUGGGAAGCCCCGUGAGAAGCUGGUGGAUCCUCAGGAGAUGCUGCGGCUGGGGGGGGGGGGGGCCCCCCGCUCCGAGUUCCCUGGCGCUGGCGCUGGGACCAAGAUCCCCGACGGCUGGGCCGAGAAGCCGCGGCCUCCUGCUGCAGAAGUAGGUUGGCGUUUAGGCCCAGGAGGGCAGAGUGGGGACGUGCGAAGGCAGAAAGGUGCCUGGCCGCCUGAAACCCCCAAGGGUACGUCCCAAGAUCCUCUUCGAAGAGCGACGCGGGGAUUUCCACUGGGCCCCAAGGCUCACCUUGUUCAGCUCGCCCAGCAGGGACUUCGGACUCGGUCCCCAGGCCUCAGGUGGUUCUCGGAUGCUGGUGCCGUCCUAGCUCGGCCCCUGACCAUGACCCACGGGAAAACCGAGGAAAGGAACUUAGGGAGGAGGUGCCACCCCGCAGGCAUUGAGCUCCUGGCUGUGGCAGUGACGUUGAGCCUGUUUCUAAAUCCUGAAGAAUAA